AGUAUUGGGGAGGUCGGCGGAGCAAUACUUCGGGAACCGUAGUUGCGAGGUGUCUUCAUCAAGUGUGCUGGGGGAAUGUUCGAGACGCUGAUAAAGGUAGAUGGCAACAGACAAGCAGUGAUCGAAGACGACAUGGAACCAGGGGCUGCAUCAGGUGUCAGGAAAUCGACGUCUGAGAAGGUAUGGUAACUGGACGUGCUUCGGCGGAGUGAUACGGUCGGCUCGGCAGCUAUGCAGGGUAUAUGGACCUGCAGGCGAGAGAUGGUGCGAUCUCUGCGGUCCUCAGGUUGCAACUUGACGUCGCCCGGGGCAUCUAUGAGUACGGAUGGCAAAGGAAGGCUGAUGUUGAACGUCUUGCAAUGCCUUGAUUGCCAUGGUCGGUCGUGCAUCUGAUAGGUAGGAUGAGCGGUAGACGAAUAGUAUUCUGGACACCGGAGGAGGAGCAACAACUAGAACAUCCUGGCAUGUCGACCGUCGUCGAGGUUCGUUCACAUAUCGGCGCUGAAGUCGUGCUCGGGAAGGAACAUCAGAUAAAUGAAACCAAUGAAGCCCGCGUCAGAUGUGGUGGAUAGGUAGACAUCAUCGUCAAAUGUGUCUUCGUCCCUUCCUUGAUCGCCGCUCCGUAGCAUAUAUAUGCUUUCUCGUUCUGGCAGCCUCUGAAUCGAGUUGUUUCGGUGGCGAACGCAGAAGGUGGGGGACCUUGUCUUGGACGGUUGGCAAUCCAAGUGAAAUGGAGAAAUGGGAGCGCUUCCUUCUAGUUGUUGCCUUGCGAGUAGGGGCACUUCUCCGAGAGGAAGAUGCGGACGCAACAGAAGGAAAGAGGGCGAGAUGACGAGGAGGGGUACGUCAC